AUGUAUCCCUCUUCCUUCUCAGACAUGCCUGCAUCUCAGGCGAUGCCUGCCUCGUCCUUCGCAUCUAGUUCUUACCCCUCCUCGGCUUCUCUAACGACGAACGGUCAAGCCCUUGCAACUUCCCCCAGUUCUUUUUCUGCUUCCGCCUUGCCUGCUUCCGGUGUACAUACACCUGCCAGUGUGGAGGCCACAGCGGUCGCCGAUGCCUCGGGUGUGCCUACACUCGGCGGUACCAUCGCGCGAAUGUAUAUGCAGAUGCCAGUCGAUGCGAAACGCUACGUGGGGGAAGGCGAUCGCGACGAAGUGUUCCGCCGUUUGAGGAGAGACAAUCGCACUUGCUUCGAUUGCGCAACGCGGAACCCAACGUGGCUCAGCGUCACUUACGGAGUGUAUCUCUGCCUCACCUGCAGUGGAAAGCAUCGCCGCCUGGGCACCCACAUUUCCUUUGUCCGGUCCUGCGAGAUGGAUAAGUUCUACCCGGAGCAGCUUCUUCGAAUGGAGAUGGGUGGUAACAAGAAGGCUCACGAAUUCUUUCGAGAGCAUGGAAUGGAUGCAUCGAAAGCCGUCGACUACCACGGGAAACUCGCUGCGAAAUACAAGCAGCAGCUCGACCGCGCGGUCUCCCAAGAGAUGCAGACCGCCGGCUGGGUGAUCGCCUCCGCUGCCUCUGCGAGUGCGCCCGCUGCGGCUGACGCGUCCUCUUCUUCUCCGUCGCCGGCCGCCGCCUCAAACUUCGCAACUCCUGCGCCGUUCGCCCCGCCUUCUUCUGCGUCGUUCUCUCAACCGGGGCUUGCGGCGUUUGCUCAACCCACAUCGGCGGCCGCGCCGCCCGCGCCGCUCCCGCGGGCCUCGGCGUCGUUUCCCUCGGCGCAGAGCGAAGCGUCCUUCGCGAAGGAUCGCUUCAGCGGCCGCGCCGCGGGCGGCGGCCUGCGGGCGCGGAAGCUCGACUUCGAUUUUGACUUCGAAGCGGAGGCCGCGAACGCAGCUGCCAUCGCCGAGCAGAAGAGUCUCCACGAGCCGGCGCACGCCAAGGCCGGUGGAUUCGGGGUAGCUCCGCCGUCGUCGUCGCCUCCCUCUGUCUCGGGAGCAGCUGGAUUUGCGGGCGUGUCGGCGUCUUCGUUGCCUUCGUCUUUCUCAUCGCCGGGCAGCGCCUCGGGAUUCUACAGUCCGGCCGCAAGUCCGAGCGCGCCUACCGGCGGCAACACGAGCCCCAUGCCAGCUGCGCGGGCGAACCCGACACGCUUCAGCAACGCCAAGUCGAUUUCGUCCGACCAGUACUUCGGCACGUCGGGCGCCGACAGAGCGUCGAGUUCCUACCAGGCGGCCAUUACAGUGGAUCCCUCGAAGCGAAGCAUUUCCUCAGAUGAGUAUUUUGGCGUCGAUCCGACCAAGAGGCAAAGUCGAUUUUCCGCGUUCGAGGAUCAAGCCGUUGUCCACUUGGAUAGUCUCAAGGCGUCCGCUCAGCAAGGGUGGGCGACACUGGCGUCUGUUGGCAGCGAUGCGAUGAGCCGCGCGAGAGAUUGGCUUGCAGGCUCUUAA